AUGGGGGGCGAGCCGCAAGAUCUCGACCCUCAAGACGUCGGGCCUCGGAGAGGUCGGAGACGUGGCCUCCUCCCUCCUGAACUUGUGGACUUACUCACACCAGCCUUGAAGGUUGGAGCCCUAGCUGGCGGUGCGGGCGCGGUGACUGGAGUGGCCGCUGGUAUUAUCCGGGAUGCACCUCCAGUCUUGUUCGGACUGGUUUCUAGCAUACAAUGGUUCACCUUAGGUUCAACCUACUGGCUCUCAAGGUCUAUCAUCACUCGAUCUUGGGGAGGUGGCCAGCCGCUGAGCACGACGGACAAGACGAAAGCCAGCGCAUUGGCGGGCGGAACCGCUGGCAUGGUCGGUGGACUAUUACGUGGUCCGCGAAAUAUCGUGCCUGGAGCUAUAGUCUUCACCCUAUUCGGCGCGGCAGGACAGGGCAUUGCAAAUAAGCUAUCCGAAUGGAAGGUGGCCCAGAGAGGAGAGGAGGGCUCGAGCUGGUUGAGAUCCAAGUACAGCCCUCUCAGAAAGCUCACGGACGAGGAAUACGAAUCGUUCAUUGGGGAAAAGAUGCUCAAGAUCGAGGCCGAGAUUGCCUUAAUCGAUGACAAGAUUUCUGAACUGAAAGCGGAGGCCCAGGCUAAGAUAGAGGCUGAGGGCGUCCUCAAUGCCACGCCAUCAUCCCCGGAAGCCUCCAAAGAGGACGUAUCCCCGAAGACUCUGAACCAAAACUCACAGGCGAAGAGCUGGUGGCGGUAA